AGUAAGGGUUCGCGUUGUUUACAAUGCAGAUAACAUUUGUCACUGCUCUUACUCAUUGAACCGCUAUUAUAUUCCUUUGACUCUGGCACGGAAACUAUAAGCUGUUGCCAGCAUUCAUCCCUGUAGGGGGCAUAAAGGCACACUUAACCACACCGGAAAAGAAACAAAGCUAAAGAAAGUUGGCUCUGAAUUAAGUCGGUUCCUCUAGUCUAUCGCUAUCCUAUAAUCAUAAAGAGAACCUCGAGUGUGGGAAAAUAUCGCGUGGGGACCUUACAAGUUUCGACAAAGUGAUGCAGUGCUGCAUUAGAUUCAUUCUAUGUAUUUUUGGGGCAAGCUUUUUUACCCUUGUAUUCGCUAAAGACUCCUGCCCUCGCCGUGCCGUUCUCGUCACGGGGCACAGCGGUUACAUCGAAUCCUCAGGCUUCCCGAAAAGCUACCCUUCGUGGCAGCGCUGCAUAUGGAAGAUUCAGGUGAACUCUGGAUUCCUAGUCCAUCUACACUUUCAUCCCGCUUUCCACGUGCCGCGCUCCCUAGAAGGGAAAUGUCGCGAAAACUCUGUAGUCGUCAGCUCGCGUCGGCUAUCGUUUCGUACCGCUGACCAAAUGACACCAGGCGCACACUCUAUAGCCUUCUGCGGAAAAACUCGGCCCAGUAACGUGUCUUCAUACAGCCGGGAAGUCUGGGUACGAUUCCAGUCAGACAAAACAAAAAAAGGCAAAGGAUUCAGGAUUUAUUACACUGCAGCAGAUAUCAACGAAUGUAAGAAACGUAAUGGUGGCUGUGAAAGUAAAUGUGUCAACACUCCUGGAAGCUACAAAUGCGCAUGUCAAGCAGGGUAUAGACUGCUGAACGACGGAAGACAUUGCACAAAAAUCCCACACGUGCCGGUUACGUUCACCAGGAGGCAGUACAAGGCGACUAUCUACGCCCGGUCUCCGGUAGGGAGGCAACUCGUGCGUGUCCGAGCAACUACCGAGGCUGGUGGACAUUCAAUGGAGUACAGCAUACUAUCCGUCAAUAGCCGCGGACAAGCGCGCAAGAGGGGCUUGUUUGCAAUCGAUACAAAUACAGGGGCCAUCACGCUCAGAAGGAGGCCAACCGCUGGUGUAUACCGACUCCACGUGCAGGCUCGCCUAAAUGACGUCAGCUACUCUCGGGCGUACGUUACAGUGCGCGUGCGCAAGAAAAAGUCGCAGCAACGCGGCUCCCGUUUCCGGUUCACAAAAAAACAAUACUCGGUAAUUGUUCCCGUGUCGAUAUUAAAAGGGCAGAAAAUCUUGCAGCUGAAAAUUUACAGACCGCGGAACCUACAGAACGCAACCAUUCGGUAUCGACUCGGCACGAGAACGGACUACUUUAAGCUUGAUACCAAGACAGGAAAAUUACUGAUCGAGAGAAGUUUGCGUUCGCUCGGUAACCUCACGAAGGUUCUCCGAGUUCGAGCCGUAGUCCGAGGUCGGAGCUCACGAACAGCCGAAGCGACUGUGGCUAUUUCCAUUGUGCCACAAUACAUUGGAAACGAUUUCGUAGAGUCUUCGUUGAAGGGAGUUAGUAAAGAUAUAGAUGCGAGGGAACCUAAGAAAGGGGAUCGAUGGCGAGGCGGAAAGGGAUCUGCCGAGUUCCGGCUGCAUCGGAUGUUCCGACAGGCUUCGCCGGAAGCUCGCCGCAUCUCAAGUGCGGAUCUGAAAUUUAGCAAAGUGAUCGAGAGGAUCAAGCAAAACGUCGUGAAUCGGGUGCUGGGUAACAGCUCUCGACCUCGAUCCGAUGUCUCCAUAAGGUUAGGUCCCAGCUCCCUCGCAUCUGCCUCUAAGCUAAGUGAGAUCAUUCGUGAAUUGAAUUGCACCCAUCGGAAGGUGAACUGCUCAGACACCCGCUUUAAUGCAAGGUACCGUACCAUGGAUGGCACUUGCAACAACCUGGACAACCCCCUCUGGGGCUCAGCACCAGUUCCAUUCUCCCGGAUGUCGGACCCAGUCUACUACGACGACAACAGACUCUCCGACCCUGUGGGCUUCCCGGACCAGCCUUUUGCCCCCUCCCUCCCCUCCCCCCACUUUAUUAGCAAAGAGUUCUUUAUCCACAGCCGACGGGCCAAGCCGGGUGAGAGUGGGUAUUCGCAUAUGCUGAUGCAGUGGGGACAAUUCUUGGAUCAUGAUAUCACGUUCACGGCGGAGAGCGAGGGAGCGCAAAAGUGCUUUUUACCCAACUGUGACGGGUCAUCCGAGGAUUACGAGUCUCCGUGUUUUCCCAUUAUGUAUCCUAACGGUGACGGCUGCACCAUGUUUACCCGGUCAGCAGCAGCCUGUCAGAGUGACGACAAGAACGUCAGACCACGUGAGCAGCUAAACACAGUGACGUCAUUCAUCGACGGCUCUCAGAUCUACGGGUCGUCUCUAGCCACCAUGGUUAAUCUGCGCAACUAUAUAAGUAAAAAGGGCUAUCUGCGCACGUCGAGCCCAGACCUCCUUCCCUAUAUCAAGACCACUCUGAAACCACCGCUAAACCUUUGCCAGAUCUUUGGCGGAUGCUUCGACGCGGGGGACUUCCGCGUGAACGAACAAGUUGCUCUCUCCUCCAUGCACACCAUGUGGGUGCGAGAGCAUAACAGGAUCGCCAGGCAGCUCUACGAGCUAAAUCGCCACUGGGACGACAACACAAUCUACCAGGAAGCCAGGAAGAUCGUAGGUGCUGAACUACAGCAUAUUACCUACACCGAGUUUCUCCCUAAGAUACUUGGUCCAGAUGCCAUACCUCAGUACACGGGCUACAGGAAUGUGAACCCUACUAUCAUGAAUGUCUUCGCGACCGCUGCGUUCCGAUUCGGGCAUAGCACCGUGCGACCAUCGUUUUCCCGCCUUAAUGCCAACUUUGAUCCUAUUGGACCUGAUGUUCCGUUAAUUGAUGCUUUCUUUAAUAAUAAGCUCGUGCAGAGUACCGGCAUUGAGCCGUUUUUGUUGGGUCUGCUGGCAAAUUUCUCACAGGACGUGGAUAGGGAGCUGGCGGCGGGGCUGACUAAACAUUUGUUCCAGCAGCCGGAGUCGCAGCAUGGGUUUGACCUCGCGGCGUUGAAUAUCCAGCGAGGUCGGGACCAUGGGUUGCCAGGCUAUGGCGUCUGGAGGCGCGAAUGCAACCUUACGCACGCAGAAAUUUUCGAGGAAACACGUGAUGAGAUCAGGGAUCCAGUCACAAGGCAGAUUCUGGAUAGAGUCUAUAACGGCUCGGUUGAGUUCGCUGACUUGUGGGUCAGCGGGCUUGCGGAAAACCCGGUCAAGGGUGCCUCGGUGGGCCCGACGUUUUUGUGUAUACUGAGAUCUCAGUUUCGAAGGCUACGGGAUGGGGACAGGUUUUGGUACGAGAACAACGGCGUUUUCGGUAAAGAACAGCUGGAGGAGAUUAAAAAGAUCUCGCUGUCACGCGUGAUGUGCGAUAAUCUGCCUGGGAUAGUUUCAGUGCAAAGGGACGCGUUUCGCGCGCCAUCCUCAAGUGAUCUGCGCGUUGCGUGUGCGCGAAUUUCUGGCAUAGAUUUGACAAAGUGGAAAGACAAUGGAAGACCACCUGGAGUACCAGAUCCCACAGUCAGUCCUCCAUCCUCGCGGAGAUGGUCCGAGUGGUCCUACACGGUCCGGACAGUGACCGGUAGCUGGGCGGUGUCUCUUGGUAGUCCCCUUUGCCCCCAAUCCGUUGUGGACAUCCAGUGUGAGCUGGCAGAUGGGUCACCGGUCGAGACGUCUGGACAAGUAGUCCAUUGUCAGCCAUUACUCGGUGUCUAUUGCCGCAAUAAAGAACAGAGAAGUGGAAAAUGCAAGGACUUCCGGUUCCGGUUUGCCUGCUCUGAUAUCCCUAGACCAGUGCCUUCUCAGCCCUCGGUACCGUCAAUACAAGAUGUUCCAGAUGAACCGUCCUUGAGGUGUAGUGAGCGCUAUCCCACGGACUUCACCAUCGCCUUCGAAGCCACGGGUAGCGUCACCAUCAACCGCCCAUACGCGAACACCCCUCACAGCGAGUACCUGUUCGCCGGUAAGCACUCCGGGGAGGAAACGAACCGCUUCCUGGUGAAAUUCGACACCAGGAAGAUCCCUCGCAGUGCGACCGUGCACUCGGCGUCGCUUUUCCUGUAUUUGGUAGACGCCAGGCUGAGCGCGGGGGUCAACCAGGAAGAGAUUCCGUCUAAUAACCUAGAGGUAUACCAAGUAACAAGUACCGAUUGGUACUCGGAUAAUACGACGUCAGUCAUUCCCUGGCAUGAAAACUACUUGGGUGUGGGCAGUGACGUCGAUGCCAGGUUGGCUGUUAGUGCUCCCCUGUACCUCGCACGCAGGAGUAAAUGGAUUUCUCUAGAUGUCGCACACGCUGUAAGAAACUGGCAAUUUCGGCUCCCCGAUCUGCCAAACUAUGGGCUCAUGAUAAAAACGAGAAAAGAAACAAAUGCUAACGCUGUUUACAGAAUCGCUUCUGCUAAUAACAGGAUUGCUGUUGCGAGGCCAACGCUUAUCGUGUGUCUAACUGUUCAUCCAUGGUGAUGUAGGUAGGUAGGUAGUCGGGUGCUAAGGGUAAGGAUUUUGGUUCCGUGAUAAGGAAAGGGUAGAUGCCUUGUGUCAUCGGCCAUGGAUGGUGAUGUAGGUAGGAAGUAGGGGUUAGGGCGCGGUCCCGUGAUAAGGAAAGGGAAGAUGCAAUGUGUUCUCAGCCAUGGAUGGUGAUGUAGGUAGGAAGUAGGGGUUAGGGCGCGGUCCCGUGAUAAGGAAAGGGUAGAUGCAAUGUGUUCUCAGCCAUGGAUGGUGAUGUAGGUAGGAAGUAGGGGUUAGGGCGCGGUCCCGUGAUAA